AUGGAGACUCUAUCAUGGGUUCUUUUGGCGAUAGCUGCGAUUCUUUUCAUCUGGCCCGGCAUACUUCAAAACCGCGCACCCAUUCCUGAGACGUCAGAAAAAGUCGUCAAAAUAAGCGACGCUGCCGAACUAGAUGCUGUACUAUCUACUACCAAAUGUGUGGCAGUUGACUUUUAUGCCGACUGGUGUCCCCCGUGUCGGGCAAUCGCGCCUAUUUUCUCCAAAUUAGCGGAAGAACACUCCUCAACUGGUCAGCUUGCCUUCGUCAAGGUUAAUGUCGACCAUGUCAAAACCGCUUCCCAGCGGUACAACGUCUCAGCGAUGCCAACUUUUGUUUUCUUUCGGGAUGGUUUACCUCAAGGAGUGUCUGUGGAAGGCCUCAAGGCCCGCAGCUCCGUGAAACUCACUGAUAAUGGCUUGGUCGACAGAAUUCUUGGCGCAGACCGUGUAAUGAUAAGCGGGCCCUGGCUGUGCGGUUGGCAGGGGUUUGCGUGCGGUCACCCCGUGUUCGACGUUAUAAGACCCAGUGACGGAACAGCUCCGUCGGUCUUGGAGUACGAGGAACGCGACACUGGCAUAGCUCCCACAUCAAUGAUACUGAUUCGCAUCCUGAUUGCGAAGGUCAAGAAGCGAAAGCGUCUUGAAGCCGUUCUGCGAGCUAUUCCCAAACGCGCUGGCCAUCAUAUUGGCUGGGAAUGUGUGUACUCCAACGACGGACGACUUCACAAAUCUAUUAUUCGCUUAGCUCAAAUUCAUGAUACCUCACCAACCCCGCGGUCGCUUUCGACGCCGCCGCUGUGCCUUCCCUGUAGGUUUAGCUAUACCACCUGA